AGAUCGAGAAGGUCUUCGGUUACCAGCACAACGUCAACCGUUCAUUCUCGUUCAUCUUUACGAUCUUUGAAUAAGGGAAGUGCGGUAUUUGUAGUUUCAGCUUUAGAGCAAAUCGCAGCCAGCAAAGAGGCAAAAGGCAAUAAGCCACCUGCAAAAGCAUUACGAGAAGCUGCUUUGCGAGCGUUGGAAUUGGUACGCAGUGCUACACAGCAACAAAAUGCCAACGUUUCAGCAGAAUCAGGAGAGCCACCUGCGCCAGGAAUUGAAAUGGAUCCAAGAGUGGUUUUCGAACCAUUACGAUUGGCAUGUCAAACGAGAAAUACGACUUUGAUUGUUGUUGCUUUGGAUUGUUUAGGAAAGUUGGUUUCUUAUUCGUUCUUUGCGGAAGAUGCGCCAACUCAUGAAAACAGCGAAGAAGCUUUAUCGGAUGUUGUAACUUCGACUGUUUGUGAAAGCUUUUAUGAAGGUGUAGACGAGAAAGCACAAUUGCAAAUCAUCAAAGCUCUCGUGGCGGUCGUCUUGUCUACCAGCGUACACGUACAUCAAUCCAGUUUACUUAAAGCUGUCAGAACGGUUUACAAUAUCUUUUUGCAUUCUAAAAGUACAGCAACCCAAGCUGUCGCUCAAGGUGUAUUGACACAGAUGGUACAUCAUGUCUUUGGACGGGUUCCAAGAUCACAACGAGGAGAAGUGAGUGCAAAUGGGAAUGGAUUGCUUAGCCCUACACGCUCUGCAGGAGAAAGUGAGCCACCACCUACGCCUAAUAGACGCAAUGGCGAGCAAGACAGGGAAGCCGCUACCCAAAAGAGCGAGACUGGAGAAGAAGAUGUUACACUUAAAUCUCUCGAAGGAAGAGCGUCAUUCGAAGGUGCAUCAGAACGUGAUACAGGAGCAGCAUUAAUGCAGAAUUACAACAUUACACAAUCUGAAUUGUUCGUCAAAGAUGCCUUUUUGGUUUUACGUGCUUUAUGCAAGUUAAGCAUGAAACCUGUCAGUGCGGAUAGCGAACGUGAUCUCAAAUCUCAGGCGAUGCGAUCGAAGCUUUUAUCGAUGCAUUUGAUUUUGACAAUCCUUCGUUCGCAUAUUAGCGUAUUCACAGAUCCAAGUGUGAUCAUUCACAGUGCAUCAACAGGUGAACAAACCCCGUUCGUUCAUGCGACAAAACAAUAUCUUUGUUUGAGUUUGAGCAGAAAUGCGGUUUCCAGCAUCAAUCAAGUUUUCGAAAUUUCUUGCGAAAUCUUUUGGAUCGUUUUGAGCGAAAUGCGAACAAAGAUGAAAAAGGAAAUUGAAGUUUUGAUCAAUGAAAUCUUCUUGCCAAUCUUGGAAAUGCGUAAUUCAACAGCAAAGCAAAAGUCUAUCCUAUUGACUGUUUUCAUUCGACUUUGUCGUGAUCCUCAAGCUUUGGUUGAGAUUUACCUGAAUUACGAUUGUGAUAGAACAGCUUUGGACAACAUUUACGAAAGAUUGAUCAAUGUCAUCAGCAGGCUCGCCCAGACUCACAUCAUGCCAGGAACGCUAUCGGAAAAGGAUGCCGAUGCUAGUACACCUUCAUCGAGUAGCCGCGGAAGGAGCGAUGCACCCACUAUCCCGCCAACUUUAAGUACAGCCAACCCUAGCGAAGCAGGUGUACAAGAAAUUAGUCAAAGUCUAGCAGGACAACCUAUUGAAGUUCGAUUGAAGAGACAAAGCCUAGAAAGCCUUUGUUCAGUUUUACGUUCCCUUGUGAUUUGGUCAGGCAAGUCUGCUAUGCCAGCUGAUGCUGUACACCCUAACGGUGGCUCAUCGUUUGAUGGAUCUGCAUCUCCUGCUCGUGCAAGCUUUGAUGCUCGUGGAAGUGGCAUGAGUCGAGGAGAUGGAAGUGCAAGAGGGAUGGAGCAUUCGAGAAAUGAUUCGGGAUCAAUCACUCCAAGUAUCACAUCUUCUGCAGUGAUGAAUACGAGUACACCAGACUUUUCACGUGUGAAUACGCCUGAUUUGCCCGUCGACGAUCCAACUCGAUUCGAAACAGCCAAAGAACGCAAAACGAUGCUCAUGGAAGGUAUUAAACGAUUCAACUUCAAGCCAAAGCGUGGAAUCGAUUUCUUGAUUCAACAAGGCUUUAUUCCUUCGCGAGAACCGAUUCACAUUGCACGUUUCUUGCUGUACACCGAUGGUCUCAAUAAAGCCCAAAUUGGUGAAUAUUUGGGAGAAGGAGAUGCAGAGAAUAUUGCUUAUAUGCAUGCUUUUGCUGAUUUGAUCAAUUUUGAGCGUAUGUCUUUCACUGAUGCUUUGCGCAAAUUUUUGCACGCAUUCCGAUUGCCAGGAGAAUCGCAAAAGAUUGAUCGAUUCAUGCUCAAGUUUGCUGAAAGGUACAUGUCCGGAAACCCUAAAGAGUUUGCGAAUGCAGAUACAGCAUAUGUGUUUGCCUAUUCGGUCGUAAUGUUGAAUACAGAUGCACACAAUCCGCAAGUCAAACAUAGAAUGACAUUGCAAGAUUUUAUCAAGAACAAUUCUGGUAUCGAUGAUGGUAAAAAUUUGGCAGACGAAUAUCUAGCCGGUGUUUAUGAUGAAAUUCAAAAGAAUGAAAUCAAGAUGAAGGAUGAGAUUGCUUUACCUACUCCAACAACAGGUCAAAACGCCGGUGGUUUUGCCAACGCAAUCGCUGCUGUAGGAAGAGAUUUACAGAGGGAAGCCUAUGUCUUGCAAUCUGAAUCGAUGGCCAGCAAGACUGAAGCUUUGUUCCGAACAAUGGUGCGCACUCAACGUCGCAUUCAUCCUCAACAAAGAGCAGCAGCCGAACAAUUCUAUUCUGCGAGUCAUUUUGAGCACGUUCGACCUAUGUUUGAAGUUGCAUGGAUGGCAUUCUUAUCGGGUAUUAGUGGUCCAUUACAAGAGACUGACGAUCCGGAAGUGGUUGGAUUAUGCCUGGAUGCAUUCAAAGAUGCAAUCAGAAUCGUUUGCUUAUUUGGAAUGGAAUUGGAAAGGAAUGCCUUUGUGACUACGUUGGCCAAAUUUACUUUCUUGAACAAUUUAGGAGAGAUGAAAGGCAAAAAUGUAGAAGCAAUCAAAGCUUUAUUGGGUAUCGCAUUGACGGAGGGUAACUACCUGAAGGGAAGCUGGCACGAAGUAUUAACCUGUGUUUCGCAAUUGGAACGUUUCCAAUUGAUCAGUGGUGGUGUCGACGAACGCUCUUUACCAGAAUUGGGAAGAAGAGCAUCGGCCGCCAGAAAAUCUUCAAAUCCAAGAGCGACAACUCUGCCCACAGAAGAGGUCGUACAGGCGGGAGCUUCAAGUGAGGUGACUGUUGCGGCUGAUCGAGUUUUCUCUUCUACGCCCUUGUUAUCGGGUACAGCUAUCGUUGACUUUGUUCAAGCUUUAUCCGAUGUUUCUUGGGAAGAGAUUCAAUCGAGUGGAAUGUCAUCCGAUAAUCCAAGAUUGUUCAGUUUGCAAAAAUUGGUCGAAAUCAGUUAUUACAACAUGAACCGUAUUCGUAUGGAAUGGAGUAACAUCUGGUUGAUUUUGGGAAAUCACUUCAACGCCGUUUGUACACAUUCGAAUGGAAGAGUAUCCAGUUUCGGCUUGGAUUCUUUACGUCAAUUGUCGAAUAGAUUUUUGGAGAAGGAAGAAUUACCUCACUUCAAGUUCCAAAAAGAUUUCCUCAAGCCAUUUGAAUACACAAUGCGAAACAAUCGAUCUUCGGAAGCAAAGGAGUUGGUCUUGCAAUGCCUUCAACAAAUGAUGGCAAGUAGAAUUCAUAAUAUGCGAUCAGGUUGGCGUACGAUGUUCGGUACGCUAGGUGCAGCAUCAAAGGCAUCUGAACGGGUUGCAUCAUAUGCAUUCGAACUCGUCAGGCAGCUCAAUGCUGAUCAUUUUGGGGAGAUUCUCACGGCUGGUGCUUUUGCUGAUUUGACUGUCUGCUUGACCGAUUUUGCAAAAGCAUCUCACGCUCAAAGAGUUGCACUUCAAAGUGUUUCAAUGUUACGUGGAGUUGUGCCAAAGAUGCUUGCUGUACCUGAAUGUCCAAUCGAUGCAGAUGUGGAACCAGCUCCUCCUGCAACCACGCCAAUGAUUGAUGAUCCAAUGGUCCGCUUCUGGUUCCCUGCCUUGUUUGCAUUCUAUGAUAUUAUCAUGAAUGGUGAUGAUCUGGAAGUCAGACGGGUAGCCUUGGAUGCCCUGUUCGAAAUCUUGAAGAAGCAUGGUACAACGUUCAGAUUAGACUUUUGGGACACUGUCUGUCAAGAAGUUCUCUUCCCAAUCUUUGCCGUUUUACGAUCACGUUCUGAUGUCACUCGUUUCAGUACGCAAGAGGAUAUGAGCGUUUGGCUUUCCACAACAAUGAUUCAAGCUUUGCGUAAUUUGAUCGAUUUAUGGACACAUUAUUUCCGCAUUUUGGAAAGAUUAUUGCCGGGUCUAUUGGAUCUGUUGUGUGCUUGCAUCUGUCAAGAGAAUGAUACAUUGGCUCGAAUUGGAACAAGCUGUUUGCAAGCAUUAUUGGAAAAGAAUGUACGCAAGUUGAAUGAAGAACGUUGGGGUCAAGUGGUUGAUACAUUUGUACAAUUGUACAAGACCACAACUGCGGUACAAUUGUUCGAUCCUGCUUUACGUGCAGAACAUGUCUCUAUCAGUCCUUCUACCAGUAUAUCUAGUGUUUCAGUUGCUGAUCCAAACAACGAUUCGGCACCUAUGCAAGCGCAACCGCUUUCUCCACCUAUCCAAUCUGCUCAAGUGGAAGGUAACUUUGCUUCACUUGAAGGUGUCAUUUCACCCACAAGCGCAGGACCGGAAAAGACUGCCGCUGCUGCAGCUCCUAUGACACAAUCCGAAAGAAGGCGAGCUUUCAAGCAAAUUAUUGUGAAAUGCGUUUUGCAAUUAUUGUUGAUCGAAACAACAAAUGACCUUUUGAGCAAAGGAUUGGUGUACGAUCUCAUACCCAGUCAUGAGCUAUUACGUUUGAUGGGCGUUUUGGAAGACAGUUUCCGAUUCAGUCGCAAGUUCAAUGCGGAUAAAGAAUUACGAACGGCAUUGUGGAAGGUCGGAUUUAUGAGACAAUUGCCUAAUUUACUCAAACAAGAAUCCAGUUCUGCUGCAACUUUGAUUCACAUCUUGGUAAAGAUGCACAGAGACACUCGUGGAAAGAUGAAAGCAAUGGUUUCCGAUAAGCUUGUUCCGCUGAGUGAAGAUAUUCUGGUGUCGUACUUGCCGCUCGAUAUUGAAACGCAAGCUCGUAACAUUACAGCUUGGACACCCGUGGUUGUAGAGGUUUUAUCUGGUCUCUGCAGCCUGUUGGAAGCACAUCACGGCAAUCGCAAGGAUGAUGAAGCGGAAGAGACGCCUGUAACGCGCAAUGGAUUGGAUCGUGAUUCGCUUGUGAGAACAUUCUACCCAUUAGCAGUGGAUCUUUUGGGUCGUGAAUCUUUGCCAACGGAAAUCUCAAGAGUUCUUCAAGAAUUCUUUGGACAUGCUGGCUUUGCGAUGGGAAUCAUGACUGCAUCUUCUGAACGUGAUCGAAAGAAAAGGAUGCGUGAAAUACGCGAUAAAGAACGUGUA